AUGGCCAUCACCAGAAUCGGAUUCAUUGCCCUCGCCGACAGCGUCAAGCAGGAGGAGGCCGUCGAGAGGUUCAGCAACUUCGCGAGCGAGUGCAAGAAGGACGGCCAGACGUACAUCGUCUCUUCCAAGGCGAGCAAGUGCAAGGUCCUCACCGACGUGCCGGGCUCCCAGCCGUGGAGCAUCGUGUAUGAGAUCACUUUCGCCAGCGAGGAGGACAUGGAGUACUACCAGACCAAGGACGCUGUCUACCAGGAGCUGAUGAAGCAGGCGGCUGAGGGCAAGGCGACGGGAUUCAUUGCUGUUUCUGCCCAGUUCUAG